AUGAAAGAAAACUCGCUGCGGCAACACCGAGUAUGGCAUCUUGAAAAACAAUUUCUCUGCCAACAAACAGAGGAAGUUAAGGCCCAACUUCUAAAGACAGAGACAGAAAGCAAACUGCUGCUGGAGAAGAACGGUCAGCUGGAAGCUUCUUUAGGAAAUCUCAAAAAGGAACUGGAGAAGCUCUCAAAGAGAUGUGGCAAACUGGACGGGCGACUGCAAAAAGAGACUGAAGAGAACAUCCUAAUGCGUCAGGAAAUCCAGGAUAAAGAAAUGGAGAUAGACGUGAUGACAGACGUGAUCAAAAAGUCCAGGGACAGGAAGAUCAAUCUGAAGCUGCAGGUUCAGGAGGUUCAGGCCCGACUCCAAACAGAAGAAGAGGCCAAACGAUUCCUGAACGAGUCACUGAACGAACUGAAGGAGGAGCUGGAGCGAGAGAAGCUGGAGAAGGCCGCCAUUUUGAGAAACUGUGAGGAUCUCAAAGAGGGACAGAGCACAGUACAGCAAGAGUGUUCUCUGCUGGAGGUCAAGGUUAGUGCUCUGUCCCAAAAACUAAUGGACACUGAAGAAGAGCGCUCCCUGCUGGAGGUUAAGUCCAGAGCAUUGACUCAAAAACUCACGGAAACUGAAGAAGAGCGCACUCUGCUGGAGGCCAAGUCCAGUGAAUUGGAACAAAAGCUGAUAAAAUCAGAAGAGAACUGCUCUCUGCUGGAGGCUAAGUCCACUGCAUUGACUCAAAAACUAAAGGAGACGGAAGAAGAGCGCUCCCUGCUGGAGGAGAGGUGGUUGGCCACGGAGCUGAAGCUGGAGAAGAAGCGUCAAAAGUGGUACAGGAAACUCCUGCGCUGCUAA